GCUGCUGCUGGCGGCCUGCUCACCCUCUUGUGGAGUUGUUGAUGGUUGUCUUGCGUUGCUAAGGAAGUCAGGAAAGUUUGCUUCUUCAGCGAACUGGAGGAUGUAAUCAUCUGAGUACCAUGGGACUUGUUUACAUCUAAAACCAAGUCUGGCAAUAGGAUGAGUGAGCAUGGAGACAGCAUCGUCCCGUUUAACCCCACAGAUCUCCAGUCAGGAGAGCCAGCUUGUAAAACAGAUAUUACUGUUCUGAGUGUAAACCUGAGGACAGAGAAUAGCAACAAGGAGGAGCUCAAAGACAUCAAGAAGCCAUAUGAAGGUACCAGUCUACUUCAGGAUGAGCAUAACAAAGACGCCAAGCUUAGUUCAUUACAUCCUCAACCUCCCUCUCUGCCGAAGCCCGUGGGAUUGGGAAUGGGGGGAAAAAACAUCUCAUUUGAAGAGAAGGCGAGGGGGAGAAGAUUGAGGAACAGCCAGGAGAGUCUCACCGACCCGGGAGAGACAGGCUCUUCCACCGAUUCGCUGAAAGAAGACACCUCGUCAAAUGGCCAAAGCCUUGCAUCCGGACGUCCCCUUGAUCUCCCACCCAUGGAGACACCGCCGUUCAGGAUCAGGACCUGUAGCUUCUCCGAGACUGAAAAUGAGCGUAGCGAUCCACAUAAAGAGCGUUUGAAACCGUCCCGAAUUAUUCUGUCCCCACUGCAGCCCAGUGGCACAUAUCCUCCUCUGGAGAACAGCGCAGCCUCCACGUCCUUAAGGACAACUAAUCGGAUUGACAGGGAUUGUCUGGAUUACAGUGCGGUGGGGAGAAGGGGGCGGUCGGAGAGGCUUCAGAGGAAUCUGAGCGACAGCCGGCUGUUGGACACCAUGGUGUCGGACAGUGCCUCUGUCCAUUCCAUGAAGUCAACCUAUAGCGUUCUGAACCCCAUCAGACCCCGGGAUGUGAGGAACAGGAGCUUUCUGGAGGGCAGUGUUUUGGGUAACGGUGCCUUGCUGGGGGCAGAAGAGCUAGACCGCUACUUCCCAGAGAGACGGCUCGGUAUCUACGUCGCCACAUGGAACAUGCAGGGAGAGAAGGGUCUUCCGUACAACCUAGAUGAUCUGCUGCUCCCCGCCGACACAGACUUUGCACAGGACGUCUACGUUAUAGGAGUUCAGGAAGGGUGUCCGGAUAGGAGGGAGUGGGAGAUCCGCCUGCAGGAAACUCUCGGGCCGUAUUACGUGAUGCUGUAUGCAGCAGCCCAUGGCGUUCUCUACCUCACUAUAUUUGUCAGGAGAGAUCUCAUAUGGUUCUGUUCAGAGGUGGAACAUGCUACAGUCACAACCAGAAUUAUUUCUCAAAUUAAGACUAAAGGAGCUGUGGGUAUCGGCUUCACUUUCUUUGGGACAUCCUUCCUCUUCAUUACGUCCCAUUUCACCUCUGGAGAUUCUAAAGUAUAUGAGAGGAUCUUAGAUUACAACAAAAUCAUAGAAGCUUUGGCACUUCCUAGAAACCUUCCUGAUACCAACCCUUACCGCUCCACAACAUCUGAUGUCACAACCCGUUUUGACGAAGUUUUCUGGUUUGGAGAUUUUAACUUCCGCCUAAAUAAAGCCAGAGGAGAGGUGGAGGCCAUUCUGAAUGGAGGUGUGGGUGCAGAUAUGAGCCCACUAUUACAACAUGACCAGCUGUUGAAAGAGAUGAAAGAAGGUUCCAUUUUUAAGGGGUUUCAGGAAGCAGCUAUUCAGUUUCCUCCUACGUACAAGUUUGACAUCGGUUGUGACGUCUAUGACACCACCACAAAGCAGAGAACACCCUCAUAUACAGAUCGGAUCCUUUAUCGAAACAGACAAGCAGAUGACAUUAAAGUGGUCAAGUAUGCAUCUUGCUCGUCCAUUAAGACAUCAGAUCACCGGCCUGUCAUUGGGAUGUUUCAGGUCAAACUUCGUCCAGGCAGAGAUAACAUUCCUUUGGGUGCUGGCCAGUUUGACAGAAGCCUGUAUCUAGAAGGAAUCCGAAGGAGAAUCACCAGGGAGCUGAAAAAGAGAGAGGCAGCUAUGAAAAACCAGAAUAACAGCACGGUUUGCACCAUAUCCUGAUCAGGGAGCAGCUUGUGAGAGCAGUAGGGUGAUCAAAUGGAUCAUUUCAAACACCAAGGUACUGACUUAGAAAGCUGGACUUUCGGGACCAAAGGAUAACUCCGUGCUAGAGAUGUCAAGUGCACAGUCCAGGGACUAACAGACUUCCGCUGGACGUUUAGCAGCUAAUGAUGGAACUAUACAACAUGAUAUAAAUCUAUAAAUUAUACUGACCAGAGUAAAUUGUUAACUGUACUGUACAUCUGCUAUUCCUAAUUCAUUUUUUGUAUUAUUUCAUAUUCUGGUAUUUAACUUGCAAGCCAAAAGGUUCUGUUCUGUUUAUGGUUUCAAAUGAUUGUUUCAUUGCCUUGCUAAACCAUUAACUGAUACUGUAAACACAUACCAGUACCAGGUAGCUGAUCCUGCUCGUUUAAUUGGCUCCUGGGUCUCAUUUUUAAAAAGUUAGCUAACAAUGUGCUAACAGUUGUACUCCUUUAUAAAAGGGAACUGUACUGUAGCAUCAUUACCAGUUUUUAUUUAUGGACUGACAUUGAUAGGUCAGUGUGGGAUCAUGUUGAGAGGCUGACCUUGGGUUAAACUGUGUGCAGAAUCUUAAGUGAGGAGGCACAGACUAUACUUGAGUUUACUUCCUUAACAUAUCCAAUCUAAUUCAGCUUACUUGAUGUCAAGUGUGAUAUAUGUAUGGGGACAGGAACGGUCCAUAGUAUUGGUAUUGCUUGCUUGUGCAUGGAUCUCAUCGACUGUGCUGUAACAUUAAGUCACGCAUUCACAUCAUGAAUUUCAGUUCUAUUUGUGCUGAAAGUGCCUGCGAUCGUUCUCAUGACUGCCUCAGUGACUUCAAAUACAUUCUGCUGUUUAAAACCAAACAAUAGCCUGUUAUAAAUGUUCGUUUACUAUGUAAAGUAAUAUUAAAACUCACACUUGAA